AUCCAUUCUGCCCUUUGGAAAAGUUUAACGUUGUCAUUUAUGAAUACGAUUUCCAUAAGUGCCAGAUCCCCUUUUGAUUGUGUUAACGGGCAGAUGUUUAUUAAUAGGCUGUCCUGUCAUGGUUUUCAUAUAAUAAGGCAAAUCUAUUACUGAUGAUCUAGGACGGAACCCCUUUGUCUCUUUUUUAAGGCUUUGCAGAUGGCUUCAUAUUUCACUAAUGAAGAUUUUUAUUUAUUUUUUUUUGAAGUGGCAACCCUGAAUACUAUCAUAUUUACAUCACAUGCUCAUCGUUGGUGAAAUGAUUCACAGUUUCAGACAUACAAGCAACUUCAAAUAAAUGUGAACACAACAAACCCAUACAUGAAAUGACAAACACAAAUGGUGUAAUUUACAUUAUGUAAAUGUUCAACAUUUGAAAACGCGAUGAAUACCCUUUGAUUAACAAUAACAUUCAAGUUAUGAAGCGUAAGAAUGUUUCUAAGUCUGUUUGGGGGGAAAUGUAUUGCUACUGAAACGGUCAUUACAGGUUUUGAUUCAUGGGGAACUCGCGACUUUACAGUAUUACAACCCAUUGAGGCAAACGCUAAUUAGCCUCCGCCUGGAGACUAUUGAAAUCUGGGACCGAGAGGAAGCGCGCGAGAAAAAUAAGGGAAAUGUAUGACUUCUAAAGUAGAGUGCAGAGAAAUGCAACAACAUGUUUAGUUCUGCAUGCCUUUGUAUAGAGACUGAUUUACAGAUGCGCAAAAGUGAGAAUGUAUUUCUAUGAAGGAAAAUAUCAGAAACUACUAUUCGGCCAUUUUAUUGGCUUUAUCCUAACUGUUUCCAUUUGUUGAAUGUAAUCAAUUGAACAGUCAGAAGUCUUUGUAUAGUCAUAGAGUAAAUCAUGCAACGCAUUUGCUAUUUGACCAUAAAAAAACCUUAACCGUGUGUAAGUGGAACUAAAGCUUUUCAAUUGACUCAUUCUACUGAAUAACUAGUUUAUUCAUUUCUUAUUGUGCAUAAAGAGAAGUUCCUGUUUUAUCAUGUGGUGCUCGUAUGAUUUUCCCCCUGCCUAUAUGCCAUGUGGUUAACCACUGCUUUAUUUUUGGCAGGAGCACAACAUGUCUACAAGCAGAACAACACGACAUGUCCGUGGUUAGACCAUGAGUGACACCAUGGUCCAGCAACACUGUUUUCACCCAUGCUCUAUCGAUUAUAUUUUCUUCCAGCAAGAUGUUAAAAAUCUAUUGCAGAACUAGGGUUGUCCUGAUUGGCGGCACAAUUAUGGCCGUCGGAAUCUACGCCGAGGUGGAAAGGCAGCGCUACAAGACCCUGGAUGGACUGUUUCUGGCCCCGGCCAUCAUCCUGAUCGUCUUGGGACUGCUCAUGUUCGUAGUGUCUUUCAUCGGGGUCCUGGGUUCCCUGAGAGACAACAUCGUAAUGCUCAAAGUGUUCAUGUUCACGCUGACCGUGUGUUUGAUUCUGGAGCUCCUGGGAGGAGUCAUUGCCCUGGUGUUCCAAAACAAGACGGUGAACUUGUUGAACAGAAACAUCCGCAAAGGCAUGGUCAACUACUAUGACGACCUGGACUUUAAGAACAUCAUGGACUUUGUUCAGAAAAAAUUUACAUGCUGUGGAGGGAAGGAGUAUAAGGACUGGGAAGUCAACAUGUACCACAACUGCUCCUCUCGGAGCCCACUGGCAUGUGGAGUUCCCUAUACCUGUUGCCUCAUCACUAAGCCUAAUGAGGUGCCCAACACUAUGUGCGGGUACAAGCUGGUGAAUCAAGAGCGCCUGGACCUGAUCGAUAAAAUCCACAUCAGAGGUUGCACGGACGCAGUCUUCCUCUGGCUCUCUGACAACUAUAAGAUCAUGGCUGGGUUGCUGCUGGGAAUACUUCUGCCUCAGUUCUUCGGCCUGAUCAUCAGCUGGCUGUACAUCACCCGGGUGGAGGACGCCAUCGUUCAGUACACGAGCAUCAGCCAAGUGGACGGCCCUACGGGCAGGAGCAUGAUGGACCAGAGUGGCGGGUUCCAGCGGAUCCCCAUGAAGCACAACCGCGUGGCCAAUUGGUACAAGUGCAUGCCUGACUACGACUGAGACCCCCGCAAACCCCUUAACCUGUGCCGCCGAGAAACCCUCGCCGUGCUCCAUCUACCGAGCGACCCACCCCCCCUCUGCGUCACCACCCUUCAUUGUUUUGUUUUUUCCGUUGAAUGGCGCAGGUAAUCAGUGCCUUGGGGAUGGGGGGGAUUUCAGCGUCCGCCAUUGGAGAGCCAGUUUUGUAAAACCACUUUACUGUUGUGCUAUUGGUUCUGAAGUAUAGAUGGAUGUGGGGGGAACAAAAUGACACAACUCCUUAGAUUAAACACUAAAAUGUAAAGAUAGUUAUACUGAUUUUGACCUACUCUUCUCGGCCUAAUCAGUUUUUCUUACCUGGCCUAUGCUAAGCUAAGCUACGCUAAGGUAGCCUGAACUACCCACCCCAGACAGGCAGAGUGUUAUCAAGACAAUCAAACUUGCCAUUCAUCAGGGUUAAUAUGCAACCACUAAUGCAACUUGAAGAGUUCCCUGUUAACCACUUCUAAACCCUAAUAUGUUAUGUCUGCAGAGGGUUAUCUAUGAAACCAUCGUAGCCAUAUUGGAUCCAGUAGCAGUGAACCACUCUUUUUCUUCUCAGGUUUGAAUACAAAUAUACCAAAGCCCAAAGUUAAGAUAUGUAUUGGAGGGUUGAAAUCUGCAGAUGAACCCCAAGUGUUUAUAUUCAUGUCGGUAAAUCUCUGUAGCACAGAUACAUUUUUUAUGCUUUUAGUUGAAUGAGCUUUUUUGAGGUUUGGUGAAGGGGGAAAUGUUAAUUUUAUAUCUUAUUUGUCGUAACUUGAAUACUGUAAUGGCUCCAACUAUCAGUAGCAGUCACAAUAAUCACAUGUUUUGCAUGUUUUUAUCUUUAAAGGUGACAAGGUUGAUGCGUUGCAUUGUACUCAGGUUGCAUUGUACCUCACAGAAAAGGGCUGUGUUGCUGUAUUAAAGGAAUACGCAAGGUAACUUAUGACUUGUGUAUCCCGUUUUAUUUAAAAAUGUUAAUAAGCCUCUCUGAAUCUGAAAACCUUACAAUUACACUGACUGUCACACUGUGUGAUGAAGUCAACCUGUUGUUCGCCUCCCUGGAAAAGCACUGAAUCAAUCCUCGACGGGAGAAUGUUUGUAACGCUUCAUGGAAAAUAUAUAUCAUUUUUAUGCAAUCCAGAGUAUCAGUUGUACCUUUUUGUUUAAGUAGUUAGCAGAGAACCAACUGUUCCUUCACUUAUCACAGUUUCAUUGUGGAAGUGAAUUUCACAGCUGUGAAUCAUUUUAAUAAUUAUUUUCUCAGACCAAUUGUUUAGGUUUGUGAGGCCUCGUCUAAAUACAACAAGUGCCCGAGGUUAACAAACCACUUCAGCUGUGUAACCGAAGGUUUUCCACCUCUUGUAUUGUUCUUCUAUCCGCUGCUUGUAGAUGAUAAAUAAUUCUUAACAUGCCUUACUUCUCAACGACCACUAUAACUGAUGGUGUGCUUCACAGUGCCACACUUGGACAUUAAACCAUCUCAAAGGUUUUUACCAUUAGGAAUGAAAAUAAAAUGUGUAUUUGAUCUUGAAA